GAAGGUCUCUGCCUAUAGAUCAGAAAGUGAGGCUUUUUUUCUUUCCGUCUUCGAUAUAGCAUCUCAUGCAGCCGUUUGAUUCAUACAAGGCACAUAAUGUGGCUUUGUGUUCAAGGAGGCUAUCCAUAUAA